AUGGCAGAGAAAGCGAUCGAGAUAGAUCAUCCUUGUACAUCUAACAGCACGAACAUCUGCUCCCAGAAAGCAUGUCCCUACCGACCAUCAUACUUCAAUCAUACCACAUUCUCGUGUGCCUGCAAGGAGUCUCCCGAUGUUCUGAUCACCCAUCCCUGCAUCAAUACAGUCUGUGGCGAGAACCAGGAAGUCAUCUUUUCGAUUCUCGACGAUGCAUGCCUUUGCAGUACGGUGGGCGACUGGCUGGACAACCUGUCACCAGUUGAUUCGGAAGCCACCAAGCAGGAUCAUCAGCCAUGGUUGCCACAACACCAUCGACGGGAUCAAGCUCUAGAGUCAUCUCAAGUCAACCUGGACGAACCUGAUCCACCCUACCUCCCUCCACCCAAACCAGAUAUCACCCCAGAUUUGAUCGAAGAAUCUUUGAGAUUGCAACCACAAAACACCGCAACCGUCAGCUCGGUCAUCCCUUAUUUCAAGGACGGUAUCAUCAAGGUGUUCAUUGGACUCAACGGACCAGUUCCGCAGACAAUCGUGGUCAAUGCGAGUGUCAACUUAGUCUGUGGUACAAUUGGCCUCAUUGAUCCACAACCAAACGUCGCUUUGGUCCCUCUGGUCGUCUACGAAGGGCAAGGUGCGAAUGAAACGGUGGUUGCGGACUGUCAGAUCAUUGCGGUCAAUCUCUACAGCCCUGAAGUCAUCACAUUUUGGGUACAAAAAAACGCAGAUGGUACCCUGUACUCCGUUGUGAGCAGCAACAAAGUCCUCGACAUUGACAAGAUGAACCCCAGUUUGAGUACUUCUUUGGUACUCGUGACCUUGCCUCAUGUUCAAAAGCGCAGUGUGUCUGUCAUGACCAAUCUAGUGGCACCUGAGAAGCGCCAGAUAUUCGCUACAGACUGUGGCCUGGCAUGUCCUUUCUACCACAUGCAUAUGAUUCAAGGCAACGACGGAUAUUGCGGUUGCAUGUUCAAUAGUGCUGAUGAAGAAGUUGAGCUCUAUGCCCGAGAGUUGAUUGAGCCCAAUGUCCACACUGCUGUUAUGUCUGCCGAGGCUUGUGCAGCCAUGAAGUGCUUUACUGCGGGAAACAAACCGGCAGCUUACAAUCAAUUCACGGGAAAAUGUUGGUGUUAUACUCAACCAUUGAUUGAGACCAACCCAAGUGCUUGGAGUGGAUGA